AUGACCAAUAGUACAUCUUUCGGUCACUCGCCUACGGCCUCGAUUGGAAGCGGAUCAAGCACGAUAGUGGAAGGCAAGAAGAAGCAUGGCAUGUUUGGCUUCAAGGCAAAGGGCAAUGACCGCCCGAAAAGUUCGCAUGGAUCUCCCCUCCAACUAUCGCCUCUGCCUCCGCUUACGCCAGUGAAAGCCGCACAGUUUCUGGGUGUCGAAUGCGGCGCUGUGAGGACUCGAAGCGGGUCGCUGGGCAGUCGGGUUCAGGAUGUUUAUGAAUUCAACGGUCUACUAGUACGAUCAAUCCAGGAAGACAACGACCUCUUGACUCGCCUGACCAAUCUACAGGAAUCUGCGAGCGAAAAGACUGAGUCCAUAGAGGAGGAUGUUAUCUCAAAACCAAUAACACCCAAGUGCCUAUGGACAGCCGGUAACAGGAAAGCGCAGCGGAUGUUAGGCAUAGCCCCAUCGCAUGGAUCUAGCAUCAAGCACGGAACUGAACCAGAGUGCCACAUCACUGAGACGCCAGCGAUUCAUUCAAAGAAGGAGAAUCGGGUUGACUACAGCAGUGAGCCUGAUAUCCACGCCCGUCCUCCUGAAAAAUCCCGACAACGUCGUAUGCGCAAGAAGGCCCCUAAAUCACUCGAUCGGAUGACGCCUAUCACGGAAAUAUCGUUUGACGAGCUGCGCUCUUCCUAUCACGAUUCUGAACACAAUCCCGAGCUGGAACUCAUAUCAGAGUAUGAACGCGAUCCUUCAUACAGUAGCGUGCUACCGCCACGACCACCAACUCCGUUACCGUUCACGGCUAAUAUCAGUUAUGAGUUGGAAGAAGGAGAUCUCUCACCAGCGGAUGUCGAUCCAGGGAAACAAGCUGCUGCUGGAGUGGAAGAAUAUGAAAAAUAUUCCUAUCGCGAAGUUGGCUUUGACAAACCUAAGCAGGAGUCGCCAGUCGUCAUUUACCUGCGUGGUCCGUUACAGUCUUUUGAGGACCGUCUUCUCGAUGUAACUGAAGCUCAUCUCGCGGCCUCGAGGAUCAAGCAGGAUAUCAAUGACGCUGCGAGAAUUCACCUGGAUUCCAGAAGCAGUUCUUUGAGAGCUUCCCACCAAGCGAUGAAGAGGAAAUUUAUGGCGGAAAGGCCAAAUGUGCUGGCUGAGGAUUCUGACAACGACGCAGAGUCUGAAAGUGAUGAUGGCAAAGACUUGGUCUCUAUUCGGGACAGUAUUGAUUUGGGAGAAGAUCCAAUUGUUGAUUUGGCAGAAUUGAUGACUUGCACACAUAUCACCCCUAGUGUGAUGAAGCUUGUAGAUGUUCCACCCAGGGAACCAAAGCCAACCACUCCGUCCAAACGCAAGCCUACACCCAAGCCAUCACGCAGAGUAAAAUCACCCUUACAUUCAACUUAUAUCUUCCACCAUGAUGAGAAAGCCAGCCCAUUCAAGGAACUAAUUUGCAACGUAAGGCCCACCAUCACAUGCAGCCAUCCCCCAACUAAACUCCCCAAACAGAUCCGCAAAACAAAAAAGAGCAAGAAUCUCUGCAACGAAUCCCGCAUCCUAGUCCAAAAUUGGAUCUCCACAAAUGACCACACCAAACAACGCCCCUUGUCCGACCGCCUCGACAUGGACGUCCUAUCCGACCAGCAAAUCCCCCCUGCUCCCUUCCCAAAAGACAAAAAUAGUAUAUCUACCACCUCUCCUCCACCUCCUCCGAGGAAGUCAUCAAAAGAACACUACUGCCUCCGAAACGGCCACAUCCUCCACCCAAUCAACCUCCAAUCCAUCCCCGACGAAGCCGCCAUCAACGCCCUCGAAGUCCGACCUUAUUUGCGUACACAUUCCGGGCGCAAGAUGCACGUUCAUGUGCCGGUUUUUUGUGACCGGUGUGGAGAAGAUGUACUGGAGGAGCUGUGGGAAUGCGACAUUGCGGUUUGUCGGAUGGUGGUGUGUAAGGGGUGUGCGGCGGAUAUGGAGGACGAGUGGAGGAUCAGGGUGUGUGGGGAGUGGGAGAAUUGA